AUGGAUUUUCCUUACAAUCUACCACUACUCCUAGAAAAGCAAAUAAAGCUUAGUAUUUAUAGGAGGAGUCCUGGAGGGACAAUUGAGGCUGAAAAGAUCUUCGUGGUAGAGCCUGAUCGGGGCAAGUGGGUAGUCAAAUCGGCAUUUGGGAUCGUGAAGCAUGAUGGUGUGACCCCCAUAAAUCCCGGUAAAUCUCGACCACCGCCCUGA